AUGAACUGUUUUACAGCAAUGAAUAUGAGGCUGACAGGCCUGCUGCUAGCCAGUUGUGUCAUUUUGGCUCCGGCAAUGUAUUUUGAUUUAGGGGAACAGGAGGAAAAGUGUAUCAUUGAGGAGAUUCCAGAGGACACACUUGUGUCAGGUGUCUUUCUGCUAGAGUACUGGGAUGAAAAUAAGAAGGCCAAUAUCCCACACCUUGGUUUGACUGUGACUGUGAGAGACCCUAACCAUGCGGUGGUCUUGUUAAAACGCUUUGGGAGAUAUGGAAAAUUCGCCUUUACAUCCCAUGCUUCGGGUCAACAUUUCUUGUGCAUGCAGUCCAACUCCACCAGGUUCUCUGUGUUCGCUGGAGAUCGUCUGAAAGUGCAUUUAGAUGUCCAGAUGGGCGAACAUACCAUUGAUCCUAAUGCUGCAAAGGCAAAAGACACCAUGAAAGCAAUGGAGUACAACUUGCAACAUCUCAUUGACCAGAUGCGUUACAUUAGCAGGCAGCAAAAUUUCCAAAGGGAACGUGAGGAGAAGUUUCGCCAAAUGAGUGAGGAGACAAAUGGAAACGUUUUGUGGUGGGCCAUUAUUCAGACAUCAAUACUCCUUUCUGUUGGAAUCUGGCAAAUAAAAAACCUCAAAAACUUUCUCAUUGAAAAGAAGUUGGUUUAG